AUGAGUCAGUCAACAGAAAUUAUAGACCACGAAGGAAUUCAAGUUGAAUGGCCUUUAAAUAGGAAACCAUUCUUUAACUUAUUGGAACUUGUAGAACAUUAUGGUUUGAACAAUUCUCAAUCAACUUUCCUCACAAGAGUGAUCACAGAUGGUGAAUUACCAUUAGAUUACAAAUUGGAAAUAUCAACCUUAACAUUUGGUCAAUUUUCCAAAUCAGUUGCAAUGGCCAGAAGAUUAAUCAUGAAGCAAUGGCCAAGUUUAAAGAAAGGUUCUUGCGUUGCUUUGUUACAUGAAAACUCAAUAGUCUACUCUGUAUUACUGUUUGCAUUAUGGACUUUGGGUUGUAUUAAUUUUCCAGUCAAUAACAAAUUGACUCCUGGAAUUAUUUCAAAACUACUCGAAUUGGGAAAUGUGAAAUAUGUUAGUUUAUCUCCCCAGAUUCUAGAUUCAAUGAUUAAAGCAAGUGAUAAGGAGAGUAUGGAUACAUUCUUUAAAACAGCCGAUAAAUACAUGAUCACAUCAGACAUUUCACAACAAUUGAAAGAUUAUGAGAAACAUGAAUAUUCUUCCUAUCUGAAACCAUUCGACAUUAUUUCAGCUAUCAAAGAUCAAUUAGAUACUACAAUCAGUGAUGAAGAUUUGAAACAAGCACUGAAAUUACCAUUCAAAUUUGAAGAUCCAUGCUUUUAUUUGAACACUUCAGGUAGUACUAAUAUUCCUAAAAUAGUAAUUCACAAUAUGAGAUCACUAAUGUCAAGUCUUCACUAUUCACAAUCCAUUGGAACGACAAGUCAACAAUAUGUUAUCAACUUUCUACCAUUAUUUCACUUAAUGGGAUUAUAUAACUUGUUGGGUUGUCUCUACAAGGGUACUAAUUAUAUAAUGUUUAAUCAGACAACUAGACAAAGUAUUUCUCAAACACUCAGUCAGGUAUUGUUGAGCCAUAAGGAACAUUUACCAUCCACUAGAGCCAUUGUAUUUCCAAUUUUAUUGGAAGAAAUAAUGGAAUCAGAGGAAAAGACUAAACUAUUAUCUGAAUGUCUGGUUGUGGCUCUUGGUGGAGUUUCUACUCCAAAUCAUCUCAUCAAUUAUUGCCAAGAUCAUAGAAUUAACAUAACAAAUGGAUAUGGAAUGAGUGAGGUAGGUGUUGUAAUGGCAGCUGAUCCGUUCACUGGCGCAUUCAAAUCAAUGAAAUGUGUCAUUCCAGAAAAGUACAUUGUUUGGCAACCUUAUGAAAUGGAAAAGUGUUAUUUAUUGAAUCUAAAGAAGGGUUGCCCAACAUGUGCAUUGGAUUACAUGUCCAUUAAUAAUACAAAGUUUUGGGUAGAUGGUAUAUUCUGUACUCAUGAUUUAUUUUUUGAGUAUCCUAAAGAUCACUAUUUCUAUAAUACCCGAUCUGAUAAUAUUCUUUGUCAUACUAAUGGUGAAAUGACUAAUCCAGUACCAAUUGAGAAUGAAAUUGAUUCAUUUGAUGGAUCCGUUGUUAGAAGUGCUGUCAUUGGUCAUAAUAGACCUUUCUGUGUGGCAUUGAUUGAAAUUGAUCCUAAAAAGAAACCUAAUAAUAUUAAGGAAAAGAUUAGUGAGCAAAUUAUUGAAAUGAAUAAUAGACUUCCAUUCCAUUCUAGAAUUGUGGAUUUUAUAUUGCUAACCAAUGAUAGUAUUCCAACCAGUAGUUUGAAAGGACUUGUUUCUAGAUCUAAAACUGAACAAGUAUUCAAGAAUAUUAUUGAUUCACUUUACAAUGUUUCAUCCUCUGCUAAUGAGAAUGAAAAUAUUAUGGUAAAGAAACCUCAAUCAAGUAAGAAAGCUUCUAAAAUUGCAGAACCUUCACAAUUUCUCGAAUUUAUGAAUAAGCAAAUAUUUAUAAACGAGGAAAAUGCAAUUGAACUGAAUACAUCACUUACUAAUAUUGGAUUAGAUUCAAUUUCAUUGAUCAAAUUAAGAAAUUAUAUCAAGAAUGAAUUCAAUGUUCAACUGAGUGUUGAUGAAGUAUACAAGAUGAACACUCCAAAGAAACUCAUUGAGGCAAUCAAUCAAUCUGAAUUAUUAACACCUGUUGUCAAUGAAGAAAUAAUGAAAUAUUUGGAAAAAUCAAAGGAAUCCCUUCCACAAAGUAUUUCUUCCAGUCAACCACUCAUUCAUGAACAAGUUCUCUUAACUGGAUCUACUGGAUUUCUGGGUGCCUUCCUAUUAAGAGAUUUAUUAGAAUUACAAGAAUUGAAAAUGGUCUAUUGUAUUUGUAGAGGUAAUAGUAUUGAUCAUGCAACUAAGAGAUUAAUAGAUAACAUGAAAAAGUAUUCACUUUGGAAGAAUGAAUAUAUUAGCAGAGUUCAAGUACUUGUUGGAGAUGUUGGCUUGGAUUUAUUUGGAAUGGACAGAGCAACCUAUGAUGAAUUGGCUCGGAAUGUUGAUGUUGUCUAUCAUGGUGGUUCUGUUGUGAAUUUUAUUCAACCAUUUUCAUCUUUGAAAGAAUCGAAUGUUGAUGGAACAAGACGAAUGAUUGAGUUUUCAUUUCAGAGUAGGGUCAAGCCAUUGCUAUAUGUUAGUUCAAUAUCUGCUGCACCUUUGGAUAAGGAUUCAGGUCAACCAAUAGAGAGGAUUUCAACACUAUCAGAAAUGAAUCUCACAUUCGGAUAUCCUCAAACGAAAUUUGCAUCCGAGUGUUUGUUGAAACAAGCCAAAGACAUUUUGGGAUUACCAAUAUUGAUUGUGAGACCUGGUUUAAUUAUUGGAAAUGAAACAGGUGAAAUGCCAAAAGGUUUUCUAUUGGAAAGAAUGUUAAAAUCAAUUAAGAGAACUAACAGUACUCCAAAUUUAGAAAUUGUUAGAAACUUGGUGAAUGUUGACUUUGUAAGCAAAAUCAUUGUCAAUUCCACUCGAUUCAAAUUAUUUGAUUUGGAAAUUAUUCACAUUUGCAAUACUAAUCCACCAACUCACGAAGAGUUACUAAAUCACUUAAAGACAAAUUAUCCUAAUCUCUAUGGUAAAGUAGAAGAAACAUCAUUUGACAAUUUCCUUUCUAAUGUUACUGAGAAUGAUAAGAGUGAUGAUGGAAUGUAUCCUCUUUCUCAAUGGGCAAAAGAAACACUCCAAAGCGGAAAGAAAGAUUCAAGCAAAUAUUCUGAAUCUGUUAUUCAUUUGAAACAAGCAACAAAUCGAUUGAAGGAAUUGAAUUCAAAUCUUCUAGUAGAAGAAAUGAGUAGUUUCUCAAUGAUUGAUUAUUUGAUUAAAUGUUUAGGCGGUCAAGUUGAAGCUCAAUAA